AUGCGGAUGAGGAGGGAGGAGACGGCUCUUGGGUCGCUUCGGGCCGAGUACCGCCUUCUUCACUUUGGGAGAAAUCACAGACAGCUCCACUCCACAUCUGACUGCAUGGAUCUAAUGAUGAUGAAAAAGAAGAAAUUCAAAUUCAAGGUGGACUUUGAGCUGGAGGAUCUGUCGUCUGUGCCAUUCGUCAACGGGGUUCUCUUCUGCAAAGUCCGGCUGCUGGACGGCGGCUUCUCGGAGGAGUCUUCCCGGGAGCAGGUGCAGGCCAACUGUGUCCGCUGGAGGAGGAGGUUCUCUUUCCCCUGUAAGAUGAGCGCCAACGCUGGGACCGGUGUCCUGGACCCGUGUCUGUGCCGCGUGUCUGUCCGCAAGGAGCUGAAAGGAGGGAAGGCCUACGCAAAGCUGGGGUUCGCAGAUCUGAAUCUGGCAGAAUUCGCCGGCUCCGGAAACACCACACGGCGAUGUCUCUUGGAGGGUUACGACACCAAGAACACACGACAGGACAACUCCAUCCUGAAGGUGAUCAUCUGCACACAGCUCAUGUCCGGAGACCCCUGCUUUAAAACGCCUCCGUCCACCGCCACAGUGGUGGGUCUUCAGACCGACGGAGAGGCUCUCGAGGAGCGAAGACGCGGAGACUCACAGAAAUCUUCAGUUUGUUCAGAAAGUCGAGAGGGGAAGUGCCCAGUGGUGUCUGAUGACCUGGGAGGAUGUGGUCACUCUCGCACCUCCAGCUACGCCAGCCAACAAUCCAAAGUCUCAGGCUACAGUACGGGCCACUCUCGCUCCUCCAGCAUCACGGAGCUCGGCCACCGCAGGAACCACUCGAUUGGAAGCACGUCCACCGGGAUCGGCAGCCUCCCGGAGCCGAGCGAGGGACCGAGAGACCAGGACCUGCCCAGUUCUCCCCUGAGCACCCGGCCUCACCCAGCAGCGCGGCCAGCUCCUCCCCCAUCCACACCGCCUCGUCCUGCGAGCGCCUCAACAGCGCUGUCAACCCUCUAG